AUGGCCUCCCGGCACCUGGCAAGCGUACUUCGGCGUGGCCUUCGGAGCUUCUCCGCAGCGGGGCCUGGAAGAAACUUCUGGCAGAACAUCAACGAGCAGCAUCUUGCAAAGGAGCUUGUGGAUAUCGGCCGCUGCGGCCGGGAAGGCCCGGCUUCGGACCCCACACUCUUUGAUCCCAAGGUGCGUCUGCGGCCCAACAGACGUCCGUCUCUGGCCGCGGCGGAAUCCGCAGCACGGACCGCCGGCGCCGAGUCCGACGAGGCAAACUUCCAUCGGAGCUCACGGACCAAGCCGUGGCUUCACUAUGAAAGCUUGCGUGGCGCCACGUAUCCCUCAGGUGGUACUGGCCCACGGUGGCAGGACCUUACGCAUGCGGAGGCCCAGCGGUUGCAGGAGAUGUACAUGAAGAAGAAGAUGCUGGACCGCAAGAUCCGGUGGCUGAAACAAAUGGAGCUGCCAAACCCGGAGAGGGAGGCGAAGAAGUCUCUGAAGCUACAGCAGCUGAAGGAGGCCGAGGAGAAGCGCGUUCCUGGCGGUGGUGACAUGUACCCCGUACCUUUUCAGGACAUGCACCCGGGUCACUCGAAGCUCCAACGCCUGGAGGAGGGUGCGCGGCUCCAGGAGCUCGAGAGCCGGUUCCGGGCGCGGAUCCGUCAGCAGAAGCGGGAAAACGCUGCCAUCGUGAAAGCCCACAAGCCGCAGGUGGGUGAGCUCAUCACCGAUCCCAUCGAGCGGCACGUCAAGCGCCGCCUCGUGCGCCAGCGUGAGAAGAUCCACGAGGGAGUGGAGGCCACCCUGCAUGUGAACUCCUCGCAGAUCAUGCACGAACAUCUCAAGGGCGCUGCCGUCUCCAUCGUGCGCAUCCGUGCCCGACGGCCGAGGAGCACGCAAGAGAUACAGUAUAACCUGACGUCGGACCACGACCCCGAGUGGGUCCAGCGCCAGCUCAACAUCCUUGCGCCAAAGCUGCGCUCGCAGCUGGCGGUUAAUGUGAACAUGGGCCAAACACCGAACAUCAAGUUUGUCCCGUAUGCGAAGUCACAGGAAGUGAAGCGCAAGUACCUCUGGCGCUUUGCCAAGGCGAUCAAAGAUCGGAUCCCUGUGGGGGGAGGCGAAGAAGUCAAGACGAGGUGA